GAACCAAAUCUUGAUAGGAGGGAUUUUUGAAGGUGUCCCGCAGGAUGAGUAUGCGGGUUUUGUUUGCGAACUUCUUCAUGCCUUCGACCAUGUCAGUGAAAUCUUAUUUUCUGGGAAGUUGGAAGCAUAAACGAUGGAAGGACCUCAAACUCUAUUCAACGCUUCAUCACAGCGUUGUCUCUUUGAACGUUUCAAUUGCCCACCACGCGAAAAUUGGCGAGUUGGACAUGGCCCGAAAUCUGUUCGACGAAAUGCCAACGAGAACCGUGGUUUCAUGGAACACUAUGAUUUGUGGGUAUUCGAAAUGGCGUAGAUACAGCGAAGCUCUCAGCCUAGUUUCCGAGAUGCACUAUAGCAACAUGAAGCUAAACGAAACCACUUUCUCGUCGGUUUUGAGUGUUUGUGCUUGUGUCGGAUCGUUGUGUGACGGAAAACAGAUUCAUUGUCUUGUUUGGAAAUCUGGGGCAGAGAGCUUCGAGCUCGUAGGGAGUGCUUUGUUGUAUUUUUAUUCGAGUUGUUUCAAAAUUGAAGAAGCUCGGAGAGUUUUUGAUGUGUUGCGCGGAAGGAAUGAAUUGUUGUGGAGUUUGAUGCUCGUGGGGUAUGUGCAGUGUAAUUUAAUGAGUGAGGCUUGGGAUGUCUUUAUGAGAAUUCCAACCCGUGAUGUCAUUGCUUGGACUACGUUGAUUUCGGGUUACUCAAAGAGGGAGGAUGGUUGCAAGUGGGCUUUGGAGCUCUUUGGGUUGAUGAGAGUGGAGGGUGAAGUGACCCCAAAUGAGUUUACCUUGGAUUGUGUAAUAAGGGCUUGUGGUAGAUUGGGAGUUUUGCACCAAGGAAGGUUUGUCCAUGGGCUUUUGAUCAAAUUUGGAUUUGAAUUUGAUUGCUCAAUUGGCGAUGCACUCGUUGGUUUUUAUUGUCAUUGUGAUGCUAUUGAUGAUGCCAUGAAAAUCUACUGUAGCUGCACAAACCUGUGUUUAAACGCUUCCAAUUCGCUGAUUGAAGGGCUUAUACUCAUGGGUAGGAUUGAAGAUGCUGAGCUAAUUUUCAGUAAACUGGCUGAAGCUAAUCCUGUCUCGUAUAAUUUGAUGAUUAAAGGGUAUGCAGUUAGUGGUCGAAUUGAGGAUUCAAAAAAAUUGUUUGAGGAGAUGCCUCACAGAUCUACAACUUCUUUGAAUACUAUGAUAUCGGUGUAUUCUAGGAAUGGUGAAAUUGAUAAGGCUCUUGAACUCUUUGAAGAAACAAAAGGGCAAGGGAACCCUGUGACAUGGAAUUCAAUGAUUUCUGGUUAUGUUCAUAAUAGUCAACAUGAAGAGGCUUUGAAACUAUACAUGACCAUGCGCAGAUUACCAGUUGACCAAACUAGAUCAACAUUCUCUGCUCUAUUUCAUGCCUGUUCAUGCCUUGGAUCUCUUAAACAAGGACAAUCACUUCACUCGCAUUUGAUUAAGACACCGUUUGAAUCAAAUGUUUAUGUUGGAACAUCCCUUAUAGACAUGUACUCCAAAUGUGGGAGCAUAAUUGGUGCUCAAAAAUCAUUUUUUAGCAUCUCUUCACCCAAUGUGGCUGCUUGGACAGCUCUUAUUAAUGGGUAUGCACACCAUGGGCUUGGGUCUGAGGUGAUCAUACUCUUCGAGCAAAUGUUAGAGCAAGGAGUAAAACCUAAUGGAGCUACUUUUGCAGGGCUUCUGUCUGCUUGUGGUCGUGCUGGUUUGGUGAAUGAAGGGAUGAGAUUGUUUUAUGCCAUGGAAAAAUGUUAUGGAGUAACCCCUGCCUUAGAACAUUAUGCAUGCAUGGUGGAUCUUCUUGGCCGAUCAGGUCAUCUACGAGAAGCCGAGGAGCUUAUUAGAGAGAUGCCAAUUGAAGCUGAUGGGGUUGUUUGGGGAGCUUUGCUUAGUUCUUGUUGGUUUUGGAUGGACAUGGAAGUAGGUGAGAGGGUGGCUCAGAAAAUGUUUAAAUUAGAUCCCAUGCCAAUAUGUGCUUAUGUUAUUUUGUCGAACAUAUAUGCAAGCAUGGGGAAGUGGGGAGAGAAGAUGGAUGUGAGGAAGAGAUUGAGAGCUUUGAAAGUGAAGAAAGAUCCUGGAUGCAGUUGGCUUGAGCUGAACAACAGAGUCCAUGUCUUCUCUGUAGAAGAAACUAACUGCCAAAUUAGGCAAGAAGAUCUAGCAGGUUAUCUCACCUUCAAUUUAUCCAAGGCAACCCGCAGCUAUCCAAUGGCAUCCUUUGGACAUUGCUGCAGAUUUUUCCUCCAUUGGUUUUUGCAGGCUACUUCAUAGACGGUAUCAGUGUGCCUGGAUGGGGUGUUCUGGGAUAAGCUCGACUAGUUUUCCCAAUCCAGUCUAGUGACUUUAUUCUUGCCAGGUGUACUACCCCGAUCAACAUGGAAGACUGUAAAAUUUAGAGGAGGAAGAAGAAGAAGAAGAAGAAGAAGAAGAAUGAGAGGAAGCAGUGCGUAAGGUAUGCACCCGAGGGAUCACCUUCAGUAUUCUAUGCAUCCUUGUCUUUUGAAUCAUGAAAGAGUUUCAGCAGCCAAUAUUCCACCACUUUUUAUUGGCUGACCUAAUUUGUGGAAUAUGUUGAACCGUCGAGAUGUCUUUGCCAUCAAGUCCACCAUUUCUUUUCUACAGUUCCAUAGGCAGGUAAUCAGGUAUGCACCUUUGGGGUGGCCACCAAUAUUUGUGCUGCCUGCUCUUUUGAAUCAUGAAAGUCCCUGCAGCUCAUUCCUCCGCUUUAAUGUACACAUCUAACUGUUGCAAUGAGUCGAACCUUCCAGAAAUAAUCACCAUCUGAGGGACAGAUGUCAAUAUUCUAUGCAGCCUAGUCAUUUUAAUCACGAAAGAGUCUCAGCAGCCCAUCUUUGUCCACUUUUAUAGACAUGCUUAAUUGUUGAAAUAUGUUGAACCUUCCAGAAAUCUUCGCCAUUUAAGCGUCCAAUUCUUUCCAAGAAUUCUGAAGGCAUAUCCCACAGCAGCAGAUCUUGAAGAUUCUUGAGAUGCUCAGUACCAAUUGGCACCCUUUCUAGCUCCCAACAUGCUGCUAUAUCCAAUGCCCUCAGCUCAGUCAUUGCUCCAUCUGCAAUUUUUAUGCACUUCAAUCUCUGCAGUUGAUGACAGAAAAGCUUUUUCAGCUUUGGAUAUCCCAACUUGUCACAGGAUAGUUCCUCCCCGUCAUAAGCUUGUCGAAGUUCAAGCAUCACCAAGCUACGCAGCCCUUGAAGGGCUUUCAAGGGGUCAACUUUUAAAUUUGAAUAUUGAAGGACUAGCUUGACAAGGUGAUGUAGGGAAGCAAGCCAUUGAGGCAACGCCAAUAAUCUACAUUUUAGAUAUAAGCGCUGAAGAAACUCUGGGGGUGAAGAUAGCGAGUCUAAUUUUAUAACUUCAAGAGUACCUUUGGACAGCAUAUACAAUGUGGUAAGGUGUUUCAGCUUCUCUAGAGAAUAACAAAAAUCUGUUCCAUGUUGCUCUCCAAGGUUCAACACACCCAACCUCCUAAGUUGGGUGAGCUUCCCAAGUUCUUUUACAAGCUCAAUGUCAUCGUUUAUAUCAACAGUUCCAAGUUUCUGUAGACUCAUUAAUCUUCCUAUUUCUGUGGGAACCCUAGUGCCAUAUAUGUUGCCAAAAUAAGUUGAAGAUUCAAAACGGUAAUGGAAGUUACGGAGCUGGCACAAGUGUUUCAUCUCUAAGAUCCCUUUAGGCACUGAUGAUAUUAAAGUUCCUUUUAAGUCCAAUAUUUCAAGGUUCUUAAGCUUUCCUAUGGACUCUGGGAGCUGCUUUAUUUCUGUGCUCCUCAAACUUAAAUAUCUCAAAUGAAUCAAUUCAACCACCUCUGGAGGGAGGCUGGAAAGAGGAACACCCUCUAGCUCUAGAACUCUCAAUAAUCUAAAGCAAGAAAAGAAUCUUCGGCGGAAGGAUGUGCAAGAUCGUGUAAAGAGAAAAAUAGACCGAAGAUAAGGGAAUCUCAUGCUUGACAUUAAGUUGUUGCAAUUACCAUGGAUUGAUAGUCGACGAACUUUCUCGUUCUCUGCAACACCGCUUUCACCCACAACUGUAAGAAGUGACUCUUCCCUGGAUUUCAAUUGAAUAAUUUCUCGCAUAAGAUCGUGAAUUGAGCAAGUCCUAACCCUGUUGAGCUGAUCCAUUUCAGCUACCUGAAUCAUACUCCUAUUGACUAGUUCAUUAAGGUAGUCCUCUGCAACCUCCUCCAUUGUAAGGCCUUGCUUCUCUUCCACAAACCUUUCAGAAACCCAUAGCCGGAUCAGCUUCAUUCUUUUGAUCAAGUAAUCUUCUGGGAAAGCACUCAAAUACAAGUAACAGCAUUUAAGGUGGUGCGGUAGAUCCUCAUAACUUAGUAGAAGUAUUCUUUCGAGAUUUCCUAGGUGGCAAUCACUUUUCAUUUCUGCAGCUAGGUUGUCAUGGACUUUCUUCCAUUCCAAAAUCCGUUUCUUCUUCGACAGCAAACCUCCUAUCACGACAAUUGCAAGUGGAAGUCCCCCACAUUUCUUCAAGACACUUCGAGAAAUCUCCUCAAGUUCUUCAGGACAAAUGCCUCUCCGUUCCCCUCUGAAAGCUUUCAUGCAAAAAAGGGUCCAAGCCUCCCUCUCUGGUAGAGGUUGGAGAUGGUAGACAUGACCAGUAGUUUCUAUAGAAUCAGCUAGAUCAAUUAAACGUGUUGUGAAAAUUAUCCUACUGCCAUUGUUACAAUCAGGGAGUGCAUAUUUGACUGCUUCCCAAGCAUCUGGGCUCCACACAUCAUCAAGGACAAUGACAUACCUCUUUUGCUGCAGAUGAUUUCUUAGCUUAUCAACUAAUUGGAAGUCGAUCAUUGAUUCCAUUCCCUCCGGAGCUGGUUCUUUUGUCGCUUCCAAGAAUCCUUUGAGCGCUGCCCGCAAGAGCUCCUCAGUUGUAAAUGAUUUGGAGACUGUAACCCAAGCAUGACAAUUAAAGGCUCUCUUCACUGGAUGGCUGUCAAAAGCUUUCUUCACUAGAGUUGUUUUCCCCAAGCCGCCCAUUCCAGCAACAGAGACGGCUGUAAGCUUCUGUUCUCCCUCGACGAGCCACUUCAUUAGCAAAGCUUUGGGGUUCUCAAUUCCCACAACAUCAGCUUCAUCAAUGUACAGAGAAGCUCGCCGUGGGUCAUGCCAUUCCUGCAAGCUGGUACCGGCGCUCGUGUCAUUGAAUGAAAAUGUGCUUCUUCUCUGUGAAAUGUUCCUCACUCUAUCCUUUAUGCGCUGAAUCUGGACGGCCAACUGGUGUCGUGCUUUUGACUGGCUAAUGUGAUGAUACGAAGUGCGAAGACAACGGAGGAAGCCGUUCCCAUGAGGCGGCACCAAGCGGAGUAAGAACUCUUCAAGCACAUCCUCUGCAUCAUAAGCCACGUCCCUCACCUGCUUCACCCAAGUCCUCACCGCUUGGUCAUUCUCGCUCCUCGCCUCCGCAUCCUGCAGGAAGGAUUUCAUGCUGUCCAAGUCAUCUUGCAGCACUUCAAUUUCCUUGCCAAGUCCACCGAGCAGAUUGGCUUCCUCUCCUACGAGGGAAGACAACUUCUCCAACACAAUCUUCACUGCUAUCAUAGCCAUCUCUCCUCACUUGUGGACUUAUUAGGUUCCAAUGUCCCUUUUGCCCGUGCCAGACCUCUUUCAAAUCUCUCUCAAGCUUGAAGCUCCUUGAUCAGGGUCUCAACAAUUAUGAACAGUGAGAUGCCUUAGAGCGUUUCUCUCUUGCCAGCCAUUCAAUACAGGUUGCUGAGAAGAAGUCAAAAGUCAACUUACCCAUGUAGUUUCCUCAACAUUACCGCGUGACGACUAUUUUUUGUUUGUUGUUUUUGGGAAUGCUACUGUGAACAUCUUCUUGAUUUAGUUAUGCUGGAAUCAUGUAAUUAAUUAUAAUUAUGAUUAUUAUUAAUUAUUUAAUUAAAUAAACAACUAAAUAAUUAAAAUAACAA